UGAGAUUUGUAGGCCAGGUCUAGUGACAAAGAAUGGAGUGUGGGUUCGUUGCUGAUCCCGCACUGUUAACGCACACGGUGUCGUCUGUAACGUGAACACUUCACACAGUUUGCAGGUGAAUGUUGCUUUGUUGCACGACAUGCCGUGAGUCUAAAGAAAGCGGCGGCUACAGAGGACCAGAGGGAAGAAAUCAGCAGUAGUGAAAGUUUGUCUCCGGGUUGAAGGAGCUUUUGGAACGCGAUGCUGAGUUCGGGCUCGCGUGGAUGGCACGUACGCACGCGCGUGGAGGUUUCCAGGUUCCGUUUAAGAUUCUCGAGCGCGUGCAGGUUUGACGUGUCGCAAUGAGAAUCCUGGGAAACAGCGCAGCCACGAAAAAGGAGAAAUAUGACUCUGAAAACGGAAUUUUCCGCCGUGAAUAACGUACUGACAGCUUAAUUGUGCCGGCCGCCUUUGUAGGAGGAGCCGUGUUUUGUUAAGGCGCGUGGACACACGCCAGUGAGUAAUGUCAAGCCGCGCGUGCCAGAAUGUGUGACCGUUGGUAUUUAAAAAUAAGUUAGUCCACGUGAGCUUGUAAAGACGCCUUGGGAUACUUUGUGAUGCUGUUGUUCCGAUAGCGGCUUUGUUCUUAUACCAGACGCUGAAGCUCGGUACACGUUGGCUGUUCGCACAACUCACUGACUUUCUCAGUGACUUAAUUUUGUAUUUUAAACAAUGGAAAUUGUACGCGACGAUAUUUUUAACCCGCUUUGAAGACGCAGCAGUUGUUUUGUGGUUGUGGUGCUCAUGGAGGUCCGCUGGCUCCUGCUGCAGCUCAGAUCCAGUCUGCUGCUCCUGAGCUUGAUGGUACAGUCUGUAUCCAGCCGAGGUGUGUACACCAAUUCCUGGGCCGUUCACAUACGUGGGGGAAAGGAGGAGGCCCAGCGCAUAGCCCACAAGCACAACUUCAUCAACCACGGCAAUGUGUUUGGGGACUAUUAUCAUUUUCAGAACAGGCACGUUGAGAAGAGGUCUCUGUCUGGCCACGAUGAUGUUCAUGCCCAUUUGCUCUCUGAACCACAGGUGGUUUGGGCGGAACAGCAGGUUGCCAGGAGGAGGAGGAAGAGGGAUAUUUACAGCGAGCCGACAGACCCAAAGUUCCCCCAGCAGUGGUACCUAUACAACCCGAGUCGGCAAGACCUGCAGGUGAAAGAAGCCUGGGCUCAGGGCUUCACAGGGAGGGGUGUCGUCAUUACCAUCCUGGAUGAUGGCAUCGAGAAAGAUCACCCAGACCUGGUGCAGAAUUAUGAUCCAGAUGCAAGUUAUGAUGUGAAUGACCGAGAUUCUGACCCACAGCCCAGAUACACACAACUGAAUGACAACAGACAUGGGACUCGCUGUGCUGGAGAGGUGGCUGCUGCAGCGAACAAUGGUGUCUGUGGUGUAGGUGUAGCCUACAAUGCCAAAAUUGGGGGUGUGCGUAUGUUGGAUGGUGAAGUGACAGAUGUGGUGGAGGCUCAGUCUCUAAGCAUCAACAAUCAACACAUCCAUAUUUACAGUGCCAGCUGGGGCCCAGAGGAUGAUGGGAAGACAGUGGACGGCCCUGCCAAGCUGGCUAAGGAGGCGUUUCUGCAAGGAGUCACUGAGGGUCGAGGCGGUCUGGGCUCUAUUUUUGUGUGGGCCUCAGGAAACGGUGGCCGGGAGAAGGACAGCUGUAACUGUGAUGGCUACACCAACAGUAUCUACACACUGUCCAUUAGCAGCACGACUCAGUAUGGCAAUGUGCCGUGGUACAGUGAGGCCUGCUCCUCCACACUCGCUACCACCUACAGCAGUGGCAACCUCAACGAGAAACAGAUUGUGACAACCGAUCUAAGGAAGAAGUGCACGGACUCACACACUGGCACGUCUGCUUCAGCCCCUCUGGCUGCAGGCAUUAUUGCUCUUGCCCUGGAAGCUAAUAAGAAUUUGACCUGGAGGGACAUGCAACACCUGGUGAUUAGAGCAGCACGUCCCGCCCACCUCAUUACAAACGAUUGGAGGACCAAUGGCGUUGGCCGCUUGGUGAGUCACUCAUAUGGCUAUGGUCUGCUAGACGCAAGUGCUAUGGUGGCAUUGGCCCAGAACUGGACCAGCGUGGGGCCACAACACAAGUGUGUUAUUGACAUGCUUUCUGAGCCCAGGGAUGUGAGAAAUCAUCUGGUGUUCAGUAAGAGUGUGGAUGCCUGUUUAGGACAGACUGAUUUUGUAAGUUCACUGGAGCAUGUGCAGGCCAGACUCUCACUGUCAUAUACACACAGAGGGAACCUGGCCAUCCACCUCUUCAGCCCUCUGGGGACCCGUUCCACACUGCUGGCUCCCAGGCCCCAGGACAACUCACCAGAGGGUUUCAAUGACUGGGCCUUCAUGACAACACACGCGUGGGAUGAGGACCCACAAGGAGAGUGGACACUGGAAAUAGAGAAUGUGGCUGGGCUUAAUGAUUACGGUGUUCUAUCGCAGUUCACACUAAUCCUAUACGGAACAGGCCCCAGUGCUGUGGACCCAUCUGCUUCAGAUUUCAUUCGGCCUUCCAACAACAGCUGUAAAACCUUUGAUGCACAACAGAUCUGCAUUGAGUGCAGUGCUGGUUUGUGGCUCUUUCUGCAAGGCUGUGUGAAAUCCUGUCCUCCCGGGUUCACGCCCGGCCUGCAGCUCCUUAACCUUUCUCUGGAGAACUGGGUGGAGCAAUCCUCAGUGCAGGCAUGCCUGGUCUGCCACCCUGCAUGUCUGACAUGCUCUGGGCCUGGUGAGGCUGAGUGCCUCUCUUGCCCUCCCCAUAGACACCUAGUGGGCACAUUGUGUCUGUACCAGAACCAGGUGCAGCGUAAAUCUCCCGUCAGUCCAGUGUUUCACAGUGAGGAAGGUGAUGAGGCAGUCUCAGACAUGCCCAAAAUGGAGUCAUCCUCACAUCUGCCUGUACUUGUGACCGUGCUGAGCUGUGCCUUCAUUCUGGCUACGUUUGCAGCUGUUUUUGUGCUACUACAGUUGCACUCAGGAGCAGCCAGUGCCCCCUUCUGUAGGAGGACCAAACUACAAGUUACGGACUCAAGCGGCAGAGGAGUGCGGGUUGGAUUUGGCUUUGGCUUUGGAUUGAGUCGGGACUUGACUAACAGCAGGGUGUUGUACAGAGGGAUUCCCGCUGUGUGGGGGGACGAGGACACUGCAGGUGGGGUCAAUUCUGAAUCAGAGAAUGAAGAACUGGACUGCCACAGUGAAAAGACAGCUUUUAUACAGACACCAAGUGGUCUCUAGUGCUCCCACUGACCCAUAUCCCACUUUUCAGAUGCCUCAGUCUUCCUCUCGCAGGGCGAGUGAGCUGAUCAUAUCACUUAAUUUGUCCCCAUCUCUCCCACCUUAUACACUGUAGUCGAGCAACCGGAUUGGAGAUGAGACAAGUUUGCAAGUUGCAAUUCACGCCUUUCAAUUUUUUGGACUCUUCCAAGAGAGCACACACAUGCGCACUCACACGCACACACACAAAUAGCUAUGUGUAUGUUCAGGAGAGAGAUAUGGGAUUCUUGUUGUUGGAUUUAAAUCUCUGAUGACUUAUCAGGACAGCCUGCCUCCACAAGUCUGGAAGUUCUCUUUAUAUUUAAUUUAUUUUAAAUCCCUUUAUUUUGAAUUCUCAGCGGUGGUACAAGUCAUGAGAUUCAAACUGCAAAUUAAGUUCAGUAUGUGUGAGAAUGAAUGCUAAUGUUUCAUUUAGAGUUGGAAAAGGGCUGAAUUUACUCCAGUUGGCCUUUUAUCAUCAGUGGUCUAGACUGAAUUUAUGCACAAUAAUAUUUGAUUAGCCAGAGACCACUGCAUGAAGCCCAUACAUGUAUGUAGUUUUAUCAUCAAUGCAUUUUAAGCCAAAACAUCAUAUGUAGUCUCUCACUUUCUUUGUCACUUUGUUACAUUUCUAUAUUUGUGAUAUUUAUUACUUAAAGAGAUCUCAGUAAGACAUCAGAUUAUUUCAGAAGAUCGUUUGAAUCAUUCUGAAAACAGUGGAGGUAGACAAGUGACAUUUGAGAAUAACAGCCUCAAAGAGAGUCUGAGAAAGCCCUUAAGCAAUCAGCAAGGAACUCAACCAACAGGGAGCACAAAAUAUUGUUGUAACGCUGCCCAUGCACUAGUCUGUCUGCUGAAAGCCUUACCAGAUAGAAGCAUGCUGAACAUUCAAAUUCAGCACCCAUAAGACUGUUUCAAGCUCUCUUUAAAUUAUAAUGAAGCGGGUUGAGUCAGGCUAUAAAUCUGGAUAAUCCUGUGGAAAUUAUUCCAAAAGGAGAACCUUUGACAAGUUUGUAGAUCCAUCUUUUAUUUAGGCUCCACCAACACAAACCAAUCACGGUGAAAUAGACACCUAAUGAUUAUCAACAGCAGUAGCUUGUAUAUGCACUGAUACACCAUGGCAAAACAAAGGUCUAGUUUUGUCCAAUUUAUGUUAUCUAUUCAUUGGUAGAUUUAAUUAAAUUACAUCAUCAUGAAUAGCUUUAUCUUGUAGAUGAUGGCUGGCCAGUUUCAGUUCUGCAGUCCAGCACAGGGUCCUGCUCAUAGACGCUUGAUUUAAAUCCAGUAGCUAAUUAGAAAGUUUAAUAGAAAGGUAAGAGAAGGGAGAUCACCAAACUAUGCUGGAUUCCAGACUGUGCUUGAACACUGCUGGUCUAGAUCAACAUUUCACAACUCCUGACAACCCAAACCCUGGAGCUUUAAAGCUGAAUAAUAUAGAUAAACACAGCUUAUGUACACUCCUUGGCCAACUAUAAGGCCUGUCCUGAGUUGGGUCAAGUGUGUUAGGUGUUAGUUAACCUUAACAGUGUGCAGGGCAGGGGGUCCUAAAACUGGAUUGGAGAAACUAAUCUAGAUCAAGCCCAAGAAAGAGACCUCUUGUGGGUAAAUUGGCUUGGAACAUCAGGGAGUUGAAAUAACCUUGUAUAAUGAGUUUUCUCUUUUCUCAUGCGGUGGGCAAAGUAAUUUUCUUUGCCCCAAAGGAAGCUUUAUUGAUUUUGUGGUUUGAUGCACUAAAAGCUGUCAGAACCAUUGUGGUAAGGGGCUCAAGAGAGUUUUUGGCAUUUGUUUCACAGAAGAUCAAUGUUAGCCCAGUGAUUGGCUCUCUCUGUGUUCCAAGCUUUGGAUUUUGUUAUAAUGUAGAUGCAGUAAACACUACACACCUCUAUGGUGGAAAUGCCACUCAUGUACAGCACUAAUAAUUCCCCUGUUCAGAAAUAAUAGGUAAGAACACCACAUUCCACCUUUCAAUCAUGUGUUCAUAAAUUUAAGAAACAGACAUCUUAUUAAAUGAAGUGAAUUAAAAACACUCUGGUUUUGAAUUAUUUAAAAAAAAAUGUGUUUAUUCUAAAUCUCUUUAAUAGUUAUUCUAAAUACUGGCCACAUUCUUGGGUAUACCUGCUCAUCCAUCCAAUUAUCCAAUAAGCUAACCUGGCAACAGUGUAAUGGAUAAAAUCACACCAGUGCAGGUCCAGAGCCUUGAUUAAUGGUCAAACAUCAGAAUAGGGGAAAAAGUAGAGAAAAUAUUAACCCUGACUUGCCACGGGCCAAGACAUGAAUCAGUCAGAAUCUUACCUAUAGUAGCAGUUAGUGUGCUUUUAGAGAGGUAAAAAAAAUGCUGGUGAUUUCAGAAUAAUGUAUUUCAUGGAGUGAUAAAGCUUUGUAGUGCAGAACAGGAAAUGACUGUGGAAAGGUUGCAUAUUUAUACUAGGAAAUAUAAACAUGCUAAUCCUAGUCUGAAAGUCAUCCAUGGCUUUACAUUUAUAACCCAUUGUUCACUGUGUGGUUAAUGCACUGGAAGAGCAUUAAUAGAGUGGCAAAUCUUAUAUUUAUCAGUGACUGAUGCAAGAACAUCCAUGCUCUCUAAAGCAUGACAAGAUAUAGUUUAUGGAAAUAGUAUAUAGAAAAUUAUUUCCAUAAUUAACUCCACUGGGAGAGAGGACCAACUCUAAUUCACGCCUAGAGCAACUGCAUGCCUGGCAUUAUAACUAGGAUACAACGCGUGUGCUUCUGGGGCAUAGAAACUCAGAUUCCCUUGACUUCCCUCGUAAUAGAUGCUUCCUAUUCAUCAUUAUUUUCAGUAUCUUCAACAUGUUUAUGUUAAAAAUGCAAUCAUCUGUUCCUCUGACAGUUCUUACCUAUUGAGUCUGAACUCCUGGCUGCUUGUUAAAGGUUCCACUACAGCUGAAGCUGAGGUUGCCAGUUUAUCAUAUUUAAGCCAAAUCACAGUAAGUGCACCUGAUUAUUUCUGCCAGAUGUUUCUCCAGCCUUGAAUUAAUCUCAUUACUCUUGUCGAGGGAGGUGUGCAAGCACCACUGUGAAACUUCAUACUCUGUGCUCAAUAUGUGCUCCAUUAAUCCAGUUGCCUGCUGACUGAAUGUCAUUUGAGUGAAAGUUGUGAAUUCUUAAGUCAAAUAAAAACAUGUAGACCAGUCAAGUUUAGCCAAACUGUAAAUACAUUCUGCAAAGACUGCUGUCAGAAACAGUAAUAUUUCUCUUGAAUACAUUACAAAUCAUUAACACAAUCUUAAAGGUUCCAUCUUAUUGCUCAGAAAUAUACUGACACCCCACCUUCCCUGUCAGCCAGCAACCUUCAGAAGUGCUCUUUGAAAGUCUGUUACAUGAGGAGUAAAAAAGAAAAUCAAUAUUGGUUUCAGACAAGCCAAACUGAAGUGCAGUGUUUUUAAUAUGUACUGUUGGCUAAACUAAGUAGAUCACAUUAAACAAGCUCCUAAUAUCUGAAUGUAAUUUAUGUAGUUAACAGUGGCCCUUCUUCAAGUUAAGUCAUGUAUAAAUCUUUUAUGCUGUAACAUUGACCCAUUUUGUGCUUUCUUUGUAGCAGCUAGAACAAACAAAAGCAUUGAUGCUGAUAGUCCUUAAAAUGUUUCCACCUACGCACUUUGACGUUCUUUAAAGCUUAUACGUUCAAAUUUCUACGAUCAGGCUUAGUCAGUGGCAUUUAAUGUUCAAAUUGUACAAACACAAAACCUACAUUUGUGCAUCUCUCUAUUCAACCCUGCCCCCGAUUUUUCCUUCAUGACCUUUCCAUCUACAUCAGCUGCACAGCUGUCUUACUUUAUCAACCCCCUGACACAAGAUUUCAAUUCUCUGCUGCUUCUCUCCCUUGUAUUCUGGCAGGCAGAUUGAUCAGUAAUGGAGAGAACUCUCUCUGAAGUCUUCUCUACCCCAGGGCAGCUUCAGAAUCAGUUUGCUUCACCUAAAUGCUGACCUCCAUCUUUGGAUGACAAGCCCUGAUUUCUUCUCAGAAACAGGCAAUUUUUAACCAGAAUCUCACAUUUUCCGUGGAACUAGUGUAUCAACGGGGUCAAAUAGUCUCUCCAUUUCUCUACAGAAACCACUACAGCAUCCACAUCAGUCAGAAUCAGUAGUUUUCCAAGUAUUUGGACGAUAGGAGGUGGAUGAAAGGGCAUCGGUGAAGGAUCGCGGUUUCUAGAUUUACAUGAAGUUUCUUACUGCCCCCUGCCUGUGCAAUACAGACAAACACCCAGGGAUGCUUCUGUAAUAUAAACCAGCACAGACAUGCCUGUAGCAAUGGUUCCACUUUCUUAUUAGAAUGUUUUCUUACUGAUUUAUUCUGUAUUCAGCUUGCGAGUGUAUAUGGCAUAAGCAAUGGUCAGACAGAAUGACAUUACAUUAUAAUGCCAUGGCUGAUGUUUAUUAAAUAUCAACUUUAGCUAC